UCCUACGCGUUGUUUGGUCGAUCAGGUGACGCUGCGUGGUGUGCAGUCUCGCUGUUCUACACACAUGCACCAAGAGCACGGAUAAAAACCAAUACCGCUUUGUGAAGAACAAAGAAAAAGGGAAAAACUUCAGGGUCGCUGAAUUUCAGGAUCGUCGGGGAGAGAGAUCUGCAGGAGAAUGUGCGACCGUCGGCUUUUCUUCGUGUUGGCGGCGGCGGCGGCGGCGGUGGCGGUGGUGUCGGUGAGCUCGGCGCUCUCGCUGGAGAUGCCGUCAAAAGAAGAACCAGGUUUACUGGCUGAGCCGCAGGUAGCCAUGUUUUGCGAGAAGCUCAAUAUGCACAUGAACAUCCAGAGUGGCAAGUGGGAACCAGACCCUUCAGGCACCAAGAGCUGCGUAAACACCAAAGAGGGCAUCCUGCAGUACUGCCAAGAGGUCUACCCUGAUCUGCAGAUCACAAACGUGGUGGAAGCCAAUCAGCCUGUCAGCAUCCCGAACUGGUGCAAGAAGGGUCGGAAGCAGUGCCGCAGUCAUGUGCACAUUGUAGUGCCUUACCGCUGCCUUGUGGGUGAAUUUGUAAGUGACGCUUUGUUGGUUCCUGAUAAGUGCAAGUUCCUGCACCAGGAGCGGAUGGACAAGUGUGAAAGUCACCUGCACUGGCACACAGUAGCCAAAGAGUCUUGCAGCGAUCAUACAAUGAACCUACACGAUUAUGGGAUGUUGUUACCGUGUGCCAUCGAUCGCUUCCGUGGUGUGGAGUUUGUAUGCUGCCCGGUGGAGACUGAGCAGGAGAAGGAUGACGUGGAAGCAGAGGAGGACGAUUCAGAUGUUUGGUGGGGAGGAGCCGAGACAGACUAUUCUGAUAACAGCAUGACGCGGGAGGCGGGGCAAGCAGAGCAGACAGAGGCGGAGCCUGCAGUGGCUGAGGAUGAUGAAGUUAUUGAAGAUGAAGAGGAGAUUCUAGAUAAUGACCCAGAUGGUGAUGGAGAGGAGGAGGAGGAGGAAGAGGAAGAUGAUGAGAUGAUCGAUGAACGCACAGAGAACGAACAGACCACUAGCAUCGCCAUGACCACCACUACUACCACCACGACUGAGUCGGUCGAAGAAGUGGUCCGUGAAGUGUGUUGGGCGAAUGCAGAGACUGGGCCGUGCAGGGCCAUGUUGCCCCGCUGGUAUUUUGUGAAAGAAGAGGGUCGCUGUGCUCCCUUCAUCUAUGGGGGCUGCGGAGGCAACCGUAAUAACUUUGAGUCCGAGGAAUACUGCCAGUCUGUCUGCGGUGGUGCGUUGCCCACCACUUCUCCAAGCUCUCCAGACGCAGUAGACCGCUACCUGGAGACGCCUGCAGAUGAGAAUGAGCAUGCACAUUUCCAGAAGGCCAAAGAGAGUCUGGAAGCCAAACAUCGUGAGAGAAUGUCUCAGGUGAUGAGAGAGUGGGAGGAGGCCGAGCGUCAGUCUAAGAGUCUGCCACGUGCUGACAAGAAGGCAGUCAUCCAGCACUUCCAGGAGAAGGUGGAGGCUUUGGAAAAGGAGGCAGCCAGCGAGAGGCAACAGCUAGUGGAAACUCAUAUGGCGCGUGUGGAGGCUCUUCUUAACGACCGCCGACGCCUUGCACUCGAGAGUUUUCUGAGUGCCCUGCAGGCAGAUCAGCCACGGCCACGUCAUGUGUUCAGUCUGUUGAAGAAGUAUGUCCGCGCUGAGCAGAAGGACAGGCAACACACCCUGAAACACUUUGAGCAUGUGCGUGUUGUCGACCCCAAGAAGGCCGCCCAGAUUCGACCUCAGGUGUUGACCCACUUGCGUGUGAUUGAGGAGCGGAUGAACCAGUCUCUGGCGCUUCUGUACAAAGUUCCAGGUGUUUUGGAGGAUAUCCAGGACCAAGUUGAACUAUUACAGCAUGAGCAGCAGGAGAUGUCUGCACAGUUAGCAUCACUACAGAGUGACAUGAGAAUAAGCUAUGGCAAUGACGCCCUGAUGCCCGACAGCACCGCCCCACUCGACCUACUGCCGUCUGAGGACUCCGAGCACCUGGGCUUCAUUCACCCUGAAAGUUUUAAUCAGCCCAACACGGAGAACCAUGUUGAGCCUGUUGAUGUUCGUCCCUUCCCUGACAGAGGUCUUCCCACUCGUCCAGUGUCUGGUCUGAAGCCUGAGGAUGUUCCUGAACUGAGAAUGGAGGCAGAGGAGAGACACAAUGCUGCGUAUGAAGUGCACCACCAAAAACUGGUUUUCUUUGCCGAAGACGUCAGCUCUAACAAGGGUGCUAUUAUUGGCCUGAUGGUAGGAGGUGUCGUCAUAGCGACUGUCAUUGUCAUCACUCUUGUAAUGCUGCGAAAGAAGCAGUACACAUCCAUCCAUCACGGCGUGAUUGAGGUGGAUGCUGCCAUCACUCCAGAAGAGCGCCACCUUUCUAAGAUGCAGCAGAACGGCUACGAGAAUCCAACCUAUAAAUUCUUUGAGCAGAUGAACUAAUGGUCCAUGUGCUAGGCUGUAGUCCCCUAAACCCCUAACCCCUACCCUGAUCUGGACAGUGUAGGGAAGGACUCACUCCAUGUAGUACAUAUCUUGUCACUUGUGAUUGGUCACUUGUCAAAAAGAUGCAUACAAAACUGUAAAAUCUCUCAAUAAGCACUGAUUCAGGGUCAGGUGUUGGGAUUUUUUUUUCUUGAUUAGAAUAAAACUUUUAUGUGAGUGUCCCCCUUACUGUCCAUUCCCACACUACUUUAACUGCUGAACACUGGGAUAGAACUGAUUAGUGUUAAAAACACUAUUCCUCUUUUUUCCCUCUCCUUAUUCAAUUCCUGUCCGUAUCCUGUUGUGUGCUUUGAUGACAGCUGUGCUGUGUGGAUUAAAAAAAAGGAUUAAAAUCAUGACAAUACGAUUAUAGUGAUAACCCUAAUGUACUCUUGAAUGAAUUCUUAAUUUGAAGAUUUUUUUUCAAGAAAAAAAAAACGGAUAAAGAGAACGUUUUUUUUUGUUGCGUCUAAUGUAUUGUCGUAAUGCAGAAAAGAAUAGCUGUACCUAUUUAGUGCAUGAUAAAAAAAAAAUGAAGAAAAACUUGUCUGAAUGGGUUCUUUUCCAUGUAGAGAUUGUAAUUUUAGCAGGGUUUCAUCAUUUACAUUUAUCUCCUCAUGAACAUGAAUUCAGAUUCACUAAUGAGCAACACAACUACCGGUAGUCAAAUUGGUAUUCUGCUUUGAUGAUUUUUUUUUUUUUUUUUUUUACAGAUGUGAUUUUUAAGAACCGUGAUUAUUAUAAUAUUUUUUUUUCCUCAUUUACCUUUAUUUUCUACUUUGAGUUCCUCCAGCUACUGGGGGCUGGAAAAUCAGUGUCUAUAUUUCUAUCUUGAUGUGUUCUCAUCUAAUGCAUUGCAGAGAUCCAUUUUGUCUCUAUUCGUAUCUUUUUUUAUUAUUAUUAUUUUUUCUUGCUACCCCCUUCUCUCUCUCUCUCUCGCUCGCUCUCCCUUUCUCUGUUUCUGCACUAUUUAAUUUCAGUUUCCGUUUGGAUUCACAUGGUUGGAUGUGUUUUUUGUAAUGGGUUUUCAGGAUCUAGGGUAUUUAGGGUUUGGGAGGUAGGGAUUCACUGUAUGUGUUUGUAUGUUCUUUCCAGUGAAGUUUGUGUUUUUGUACAAUCCCAUGUGAAGUAAAAACAUAUAAAUAUACCCUUCUUUCCUUCAGCCUCUUGUUUCCUAGAACACAGUUGUACCAAAGAGGCUUUUUCCCCCUCUCAUGUCUCAUUUCUGAUGAUUUCUGCUGCAGUGCAGAACUGGGUGUGAUUACACUGAAACAAGUGAAAGACAGACAUGAAGGAUGGAAGGAAACGAGAUAAAAAAAAAUGUUACGGAGAAAGUCUUUAAUGACAGUACAAUCUCUUUUCUGUCUUUGUCUUGUGCUAUGUUUUAGUUGGUUUUUAUGGAGGUUGCCAGAUUGGAUCCAUGUAAGCCAGUUGCUUUCACUCGGGUAUAAAUCAUUGCACAUAACACAGAGGGAUAUGAGGUCGACUUAGCAAGUGGGUUUAAAUGGGAAAGCAGUCAGUUAACAUCCGAAUCAUUUAUUCCUCUGAUUUAAAUAAGGCAAAUUAAUAUUUUUUUGUGGUUGGUCCUUACACUGCACAUAAUCCUCUCGGCCUGAAACCCUUCGCUCAGCUCUUCUGAUGAAUGUGACACAAACUACACUUUCCAUCUUAGCAUGCAUUGAAACAUCUGCACUGCUGUAGUCAGUGUCUUUCAACAAACAGAAUGUGUUCAAAUGAAACUCAAUGUUUUCGUGAACAUCAUGUUUUCUUGGGAUUCUUUUGUUUGAGCUAUUUGGGUAAUCCUUUAAAAAAAAGGUGAUGUAAAUGACUGAGAUCGGUGGUUAAAUAGAUAAAGUGAUUGUGGUUACAGUUUUCUGACUGAGGAAUUAGGAUGCAGUAAUGCACUGCAUUGUAGAUACAGAAAGCAGGAUUCAUUUUCAAUCUGUGUGACUUUUUCUUCCUCUGUGUAAGUGUAUGGAACAUUUGCUUUGACUGGAAACACUAUGCUUUAUACACUGUAUUCCAUAAAUAAAGUUCUGAAUGUACAUACAAGA